AUGAGACGUCCUCAGCAAGAUCAUCACCAUCUCCACAGCAACCACCACCACCAUCAUCAUCAUCAUCAUCAUCAUCAUUACUGUCAUCAGCAACACCACCACCAUCAUCAUGGAUCUUCGUCGAGUCCUACGCGAUCUCGACAAGUUCACGACAAGGACGAAUCCCGUUUAGCGAAAGUGAAACGCGUUCUGACAGUAUCGUUAUUAAGACGUAACGCAGGAUCUACGAGGGUCUUUGGUACUCGACUAGAUUCGAUCGAGCCAUACCUCGACACCGGUGUGCCUUUUGUGGUACACCGAUUGUGUAAUUAUAUCGAAGCUCAUGGAUUCCAAAGCGCCGCGGUGUUCCGUCUGUCCGGUGGAAGCCCAAGACUGGCAGAAAGAUUGAGGGCCGCGUUUGAGAGAAGAGGAGAUGCUGACUUAGAAACAGCAGCCUGUCCCCCGACUGCGGCAACGCUUCUUCGCCAGUAUCUAAAAGAAUUACCACAACCUGUUGUACCAUCAACCCUUGUAGCUAGGCUAUUGUCCAUUCAUGCCCAGAAUUAUGCUAACGAUCAUGACUGUUGGGUUAAUUUAACGAAAGAGCUACUGUCAACUCUGCCAACCUCCCACUAUCGUUUGCUUGGUUACUUGGCUCUUUAUCUAAGCAAGUACGAAGCUAAACAUGGACGUAGUGCCGGCGUUUGCGGAGUGUUCGCCCCUGUAAUUCUACCUCAUGUUCCACCUGCUACCACCCUUCUUCGUGAUAUCUUAGCCGAAGCAUCUCUGCUUUUUCCAGAUUGCAUCCGAGAUAACGUGGUGAACGGCGUGAUCUCUGCAAGUGAUUGUAAGAUUUGCAAGGAUACAAAGGACGAAUCAAAAGAUUUCGAAGGAGCGUCGUUGCUUUGCGCGCUGAAACCGCGUAAGCGUAAAGAACGUCACGAAUCCUGUUGUCAAGAACGAAAACUGAUAAGAAGUAGUAGCGAGGAGCGUGUUCUUGAAAGUCCCACUGAAACCACGGACACGAUUAGACGUGUGAGCAGUCACGAAGAUUUUAAUAGUGAAAAACAUUUGCAUAUUUUAUCUCAGCUCGGACAAGACAUGGGUCAUGGUGUGAGAUGCGGAAGUCUUCCCUUACAUGAAAGAACGAAUGUUUCACCUGUAUCCAAGAAAACUCCACCAACUUCGUCACCGUGUGAGACAGCUUUAGAAACAGAAAAAUUUGAAUGCGAUGCCGAGAAAUUGAGAAGCAGCGAACGUUUCAGUCGAAGUAUUACUCCGAGAGGACGAAGGCAGGCUCGACGAAGGAGGGUGCAUAAAGUUACAGACGCAGAGAAUUCUAGUAAGGAAAACGAAGAGGAAACCGAUAAUAUUUAUGUAUCAUCGAAUCCUAAUAGCUGCAAUGGAUCUCCAGCACAAAGUUUUUUGGAAAUGUUGAGCAGUGGACCGAGCCGAUCGCCAUCACCGGCUCGUCCUCCAACAGUUAGUCAUGAAGAUCUAAAUAACCCCAGCCUAACUAACUGGACUUUUCAACGACAAGAAAAUGAUGAAGCUGCCGAUGCACGAGUAGAAGCUAUGCUUUCUCCAAGAAAUUCUUUAUUACUACCUAGACGUUUUUAUUCUGAAAACGAAAUGCAACCUAAUGCUCCGAAUAUCGCAGAACUUGGUUUAAAAAAUUUAACCAAGUAUAUAAAUGGCUUGAAAAAAAAGAUAAAGAAAUACGAAGACGAAUUUGAAGAAAAUUUUGGUUAUCGUCCAAGUCAUUCUGAUAAGAUGAGCAACAAGGACAUCAAACGAUUAUGUACAGAAUUAAGUAAAUUGCGAAAGGAGCAUAAAUUAUUAAAGGAAGAUCCGGUGAGCGCGUUAUUAGCUAAUGCAAAUAACAAAACAAGAACAACAACUAACGGUAGUCCGACAAACAACAAUAACAGCCAAGAAAAAUCUAGAACAGUUUCGAUGGAAGAGAUGAUAAAAGAAGUAGAAAAAAAAUUAAGUGAAAAGAGAUUGAAAUAUAAUAGACCCGAGAAUAUGGAAGAACUAACUUAUGAACAAUUAAUAGAUGAAAAAACUGCUGUUCAAAAAGCUUUGCUUCAUAUUGAGAAUACUUUUGGGAGGCCAGUUUCUAAAGAAGAUAGAGCUGUCGUGCGAUCUUUAUAUGAUAAAUACAGAACUUUAAAAAGAUUACUUAUUAGAGCAGGCGUGAACAAAAAUAAAGAUAGCAUUUCAGAGUUGGCUACUAUUUUGGAACACGAAGCAAUGGAUUUUACAUCAUCUAAUUUACCUAACAAUCCAUCUGAUACAGAGAGGAGAGCUAGUGAACCUGAUAUGUCACAUAGAGGUAUUUUGGAUUGUAUAGAUUCGGUAGAUCAAUUACCAACUGAUAGUGAUAGUCAGCACAGCAGUAGCGAAGGAAGUCGUAGUAACAACGAAAGUCUUCACGCACUUCCACAAGAGGAAUUAUUGGUACAACAGAAAUUAACCAGAGAAGAGAAAAAGCGUCUGAGACGUGCUUUAAAAGAAUUAGAAGCACAAUUCGAAGCUCGUGCCGGCCGUAGAAUGCAAAGAGAAGAUCGUGGCCCGCAAGUCACAACCGUUUACGAAUCAUAUAAACAGGCUAAAGCAAAGCUUCGACUGAUCGAUGCUCUAGUAGCUAAAAAUGCUUGACGCAGUAUUUAAUGAAUAUCUUGAAAUUUACAUACAUCUAACAACAAAGAAAACUUCAAACAUUAUAAAACAUCCGAAAUAUAUGCAGUGGUUAUUAUAAAACCGAAAUUUCAUACAACAUUCAUAAAAAAUGCUAUUGUGCAACAGAAGGCAACAAAAAACAUCUAUCCAAAAUGAAGGAUAUUAAAACGAGACACUAGUAUAUAUGUCUGAUAAUUUGAAUUUAUCCAAAAAUCAAAAUAUUUUAAGAGAAGAAUGGAGAGGCUGUCUCUGGCUGUAAUACUUUGACUUCGUAUGUAUUGAUUAUAAUUGGCCAACGAUCUAUUUUAAAUCAAAAUAUCAAACCGAUAUAAGAACAUGUACAGAAAACUCAAUUCUCAACUACUCAUAUACUGAAAUCUCAGUUACUAAAAUCAGUACAUUAAUAAAUUAAUUUACCUUUAAUUCUGAUAAAAAUGUUUAUUGCGUGUAAUAUUUGUACGAAAUAUUUUCAACGACAAUUUCAAUUAUUGUAAUUAACUAGAUUGUUUUGAUAAGACUCUUGUUAUUUUAAUGACUCAUAGAAGUGCAUAUUAUAAAAUGAUAUCAUACGAUAAUAAAUAAUAAAAUUAGUACCAGGUUAGUAUUCUGAACUCUAAACACUAAUAGUUAGAAAGUAACAGUGGCUACGGCGUUAUAAACAAUCUGUCGAUUUGCAUUCAAUUUCCUUCAAAUACUCAACGUCAGAUUCAAUAAAGUAAGGAAAUGCUUAUUGCAUGGUUAUUGUAAACUGCCAAUUUAUACGAAUAAGUACAUCACAUAAAAAAAUAUUAAAGAAAAACAUGCCACUGACCUGCUCCAUUUUACAUAUUUCUACCAGUGUUAUUUAAAAUUUUGUCACAUUUAAUAGACAUUUUAAAAAAUUGACUUCUUCCUAUUUUAUAUUAUUUGCAUAUACACGUAUAUUGCAUCAUAUUUUUCCAUGUUUGUGCAUUUCUUUAUAUUUGAUUAAAUGUUGAGUAUGUAAAAAGACAAAGGCAUAAAGAAAUGAAUUAUUGCUUGAAAAAUUAUUAUAUGUACGUAUAUUGCUAUAAAUCAAUGGAUGCUAACAUGCAAAAGUAAACUACAAAAGAAGUAUUAAAGACGAACAGUGACAAAUUAUGAAAAUAAAUUCAUAAUUGAAACGAAUCUAACGAAUACAUUGUAUGUCGACUUCUUUUUUUAGUAGGCAUUAUAUAUUUACAUACGUCUUUGUACUCUAUCGAUUAAUAAUAUUAUUGCCAUUUUCAAAUUACUAUUUUUAACAAAUUUAUAUCUUUUUUUAUAUUACAUGACAUAGGAUAUCAUCUUCUUUAAAAGCUAAUACAUCAAUUGAAUGAAAAUAGAAAGAACAGAUAUCUAGAUUCUAGAUUAUACAUUAUUUAAACUAAAAUUGAUAUUUAUUUCAUUAGUCGAAGAUUAUCAUCAUAUUGAAUGUUGAGAGUAAAGAACGGAUCUGUGGGGUUAUUUGUAAUUUAAGUACCUUGUAAGAAAUAUCACAUGUUAUAAUUGUAGAGUACUAUAAACUGUUACAGUCUUA